GAGGUUAAAUAGGUCACCUCCAUGCUUGGCGGCCAUCCUCACCUCCCCCUGAGCAGAAGGACCCACACUCACAGGUCCUCUCCUGGGCUCGCAGCACCAUGACCCCCUUGAAGAUGCUGCUCCUGCUCACGCUCCUCCUGGGGGCUUCUCUGCAGGUCCUACAUGCAGCACGAGGGACCAACGUGGGCCGGGAGUGCUGCCUAGAGUACUUCAAAGGAGCCAUUCCUCUCAGAAGGCUCAAAAGCUGGUACAGGACCUCAAGGGAGUGUCCCAAGGAAGCCAUCGUGCUUAUAAGUGUCCAGGACAAGCCCAUCUGUUCGGACCCCAAGGACACCAGGGUGAAGAAGGCAGUCAGAUAUUUAAAACGCAUGCACAACCCUGGGCUCCAGCAAUCCUGAUUUCUGCUGGGACUAUUUGGAGACCUCCAGCUUCAGUGUUCACUACUCCAGCCCCAAGCUUUCUGAGUCCAGGGAGGCCCUACACGGACAAAGGGGACCCCUGCCUCCUUUUCUAGACUGGAAUCAUAGCAGAAAUAGCCCAGAUUCAAGUCUCUCUUUUUGUGAGGACCUGGGUAGCUCAAUUGGUUAAGCAUCUGCCUUCGGCUCUGGUCAUAAUCCCAGGGUCUUGGGAUUGAGCUCCAUAUUGAGCUCCCUGCUCAGUGGGGAGCCUGCUUCUCCCUCUCCCUCGGCCUCUUCCCUCUGCUCAUGUUCACUCUCUCAAGUAAAUAAACAUCAUCUUUUUAAAAUUAAAAAAAAAAUAAAGUCUCUCU